GGGAAACCUAGUAGGGAGGGUGUCAGUGGCUGCCUGAGGGGAAUCCCGUGCGGGCGAGGAAAUGCAUCAUUUUGAGGAGGAAUUAACUUGUUCCAUUUGCUAUAGUAUAUUUGAAGACCCACGUGUACUACCAUGUUCUCACACAUUUUGUAGAAAUUGUCUGGAAAGCGUUCUUCAGCUAUCAAGCAACUUUUCCAUAUGGAGACCACUAAGACUUCCAUUGAAGUGUCCCAAUUGUAGAAGCAUUGUUGAAAUUCCUCCAUCUGGUACUGAGUCAUUACCUAUCAACUUUGCAUUAAAGGCUAUCAUUGAAAAAUAUCAGCAAGAAGAUCACCCAGAUGUUGCAACAUGUAGUGAACAUUAUAGGCAGCCAUUAAAUGUUUAUUGUCUUUUGGAUAGAAAAUUAGUGUGUGGCCAUUGUCUUACAAUAGGUAAACAUAAUGGUCAUCCCAUAGAUGACCUUCAGAGUGCCUACAUGAAAGAAAAGGAGACUCCUAGGAAACUCCUUGAGCAAUUAACUGAUGAACAUUGGACUAAUGUAUGUUUGCUCAUUGAAAAGUUGGAAGAACAGAAAUCUCAUUAUGAAAAUAUUGUUCAAGAUGAUAAGAAAGCUGUAUUGCAAUAUUUUAAGAAACUUAAUGACACACUGGAACAUAAAAAGCAAGCUUUGCUAGGUGCUUUGGAUGAAGUUAAUGCUCACAUUUCUGAAGAAUAUGCACCACUCGUUGAAAACAUGAAAAGAAUCAGAGAAGAACAGCUUGAUUUAAUGUCAUUGAACACAUCUGUUCAAGAAGAGGAGUCUCCACUUAUUUUCCUUGAGAAGGUUGAUGAUGUGCGCCAACGCGUAAAAGCUUUGAAACAAAAGCAACUACCAGAUAUCAAACCUGUUGAAGUUUAUCCACGAAUAGGACAGCUAUUGAAGGAUGUGUGGUCCAAAACUGAAAUUGGUCAGAUUAACAAGAUCCUCACUCCAAAAAUAAAGCUAAUUUCAAAAGGGAAUUUAUGCCACAAAGGCAGUGAGAAGGAAAGAGGACAGUCUAAGGAAUUGCUUCAGUCUAUAAACCCUCUAACAGUGAUGCUAAUUUCUAUGACGAUAGUGAUAAUUAUGAUUUCAUUUAGUAAAUCUGUAUUAUCAGUUGUAAAUGAAGUAACUUUGACUUAUAUUUCAGACAUCUUGCAGUUUGUUUAUCAAGAUCUAUGCAACAACUUGCAGGCAGUAAUGGAAAUGCUAUGCCAUACAUCUAAUUUCCUGAUGGAAUUCAUGGGGAGAAUUGUUUCUUUUUCUUUCUGAGUAUCUGAAAUACUGAGAUUAGCAAUUAGGAUAAUUAUAGGAAUACAUUAUGUUUGAACUAUU